UUAUGGUCGGUCGGAGCUGGCAUAUUUUAUUUGGUUUACUUGUAGUGAGUGUCAGAGUGGGGAGUUAUGAUGGCGAGGAGCUCGUGGUAUCCAAAGAUUACGGAAACCUACAUUUAUAUGGAACGCUGCAUCAGUCUGUAAAGAAAUAUGAACGCUUCGCUGAUUCUAUUGAGAAUGGAUCAUUACUUUUAUACGGGACUAACUCUUGGAGAUUCCCAGUCCAAGAUGUCAACCUGACGCUUCAAUACCCGAAAGAAAAUGAGAGUUACGAAAAUAGAACCAUUGUAACUGGUAUUACAGUAAUAUUGUAUUUGGACGGUUCUACCAGCAGGGGCUACAUUACAAGAGGAGGAAUGAUGCAGAAUAAUAUAACAAUGACGUUUGUAAUAAGCAGGACGACACGACUGGCCUAUCAAUUUUGGCUGUAUGGAAGAAAUAGUUGCUAAUUAAAUUAAAUUUUAUAAAUUAAAA